UCCCUCCCCCUCCUUGCCUCACUCUGCCUGGGAAAGUGGGUUAGGAAGAGAGCUCAGUGCUCAGAGACUGCACAGCCACUCACAGGAGCAGGAGCAUCCACACGCGGAGGGGAAGCACACAGGACUCUUCUUUUUUCAUUUUCCUUUUUUAACCAUCACUCCAGACAGGCUUAAUUAUUUUUUACAUCUGUUUUUUUUCCCCUCUUGCUUCAUUUUGAUCUCCUCCCCAAGCAUCCCCCACGCUUCUUUUUUGUUGGAGUCUUUUGCUCAGACUUUUUGGAAAAAUUUUAUUUUAGCUAAGCCAGCACGAGACUGAAAAGACCGAGAGAAAGUGGCAGCUAAGAGAGACUGCAAAAUCACCUCUUCCCGGGGUUCUCCGGCAGAGACAGAGUUGCACAUUAUUUUUACUGUGUUUUCACAUACUGCUCUCUACCUAGCCAUAUACACGUGCAGAGAGAGAGAAGUACAUACAUUGAAACUCAAGCAGCCCAGCCAUGGGAGGAAGGGCUCAGCCUGAUCGGAAACAAUUACCGUUGGUCCUACUGAGAUUGCUUUGCCUUCUCCCUACAGGGCUGCCAGUCCGCAGCUUGGAUUUUACCCGAGGCACCGAUAACAUCACCGUGAGGCAGGGGGAUACGGCCAUCCUCAGAUGUUAUGUAGAAGACCGAAGCUCCAAAGUGGCCUGGUUAAACCGUUCUGGCAUCAUUUUUGCUGGACAGGAUAAGUGGUCCCUGGACCCUCGGGUAGAACUGGAAAAACGAACCCCUCUGGAAUACAGCCUCCGGAUCCAGAAAGUGGAUGUCUAUGAUGAGGGGUCCUAUACAUGCUCAGUGCAGACACAGCAUCACCCCAGGACUUCCCAGGUUUAUUUGAUUGUGCAAGUUCCACCAAAGAUCUCCAAUAUCUCCUCGGAUGUCACUGUGAAUGAGGGCAGCAAUGUGACCCUGGUGUGCAUGGCAAAUGGACGCCCUGAGCCUGUCAUCACCUGGAGACACCUCACCCCGACAGGCAGAGAAUUUGAAGGCGAGGAAGAGUACCUGGAGAUCCUAGGGAUCACACGGGAGCAAUCUGGCAAGUACGAGUGCAAAGCCGCCAAUGAGGUUUCCUCGGCAGAUGUCAAGCAAGUCCGUGUCACUGUGAACUACCCUCCCACUAUCACUGAAUCGAAGAGCAAUGAAGCUGCCACAGGACGGCAAGCCUUACUCAAGUGUGAAGCAUCGGCAGUGCCCACGCCUGAUUUUGAGUGGUACAGAGAUGACACCAGGAUAAACAGUGCCAAUGGCCUGGAGAUCAAGAGCAUGGGGAGCCAGUCCCUCCUGAUGGUGGCCAAUGUCACUGAAGAACAUUAUGGCAACUACACCUGUGUGGCUGCCAACAAGCUGGGAGUCACAAAUGCCAGCCUAUACCUUUACACUUACUUCGUGAGCCCCGUGGGGAACAUGUGUUGUGAUACCCUAACUGGGGCCCCAUCCAUCAACAUCUCAGCAUAUCUGUGAGAACAGAGGGAUUGAACUGAGCCCUGCUGUCUAUCCUUGGUCAACCCCUUUACUUCCUGCUCAGAAUGCCUAGUACCUCCUAUGGAAUGUGAGUAUGUGCGUGUGUCUACAUAUAGAUAUAGUACUCACAGACCGCAAGGAAACUAUCAACAAGGAGAGAACUUCCCAGCUGGGGAGUGUCUUCCAGCUCUGAAGUUAUUUCAUUUGCUCCCUCUGUCAGUCACACAGAUACUCAUCCCUCCCGAUACCCCUACAAUACACACCUGCCACUCUCCUCCAAAAAUCCCUCACACGGCCAUCACACCACUCUCCUUUCCUAGACCCCCUGGUGACACAUGCAAAAUGACACAUACGUCUCAAUUUGCUUUUAGCAGUUUGUCUAUAGAAAGCCAUCAGCUGCAUGGUUUGUGGUGACUUUCUACAAACAAGGAAAGGGUGUGGGGGGAGGGGAGAGUAAAACUUGCCUCCACACCAGCUGCCCCCAAACCGUUCCAUUUCCUCAGCUGGAGCUAAGUUUCAUCCUCCAGGCCUUAGGGAGGAGGUCCAGUGUCCCUUUUUCUUGCUACACAGUGGGGUGGUUAGAACUCUUCUCAUUAACAGUGUUAUAUACAUAUAAAUAUAUAUAUAUAUCUAUAUCUUUAUAUAUAUUUUUCCCCAGCACCGUAGACAUGAGCUGAACUUCUCUUUAAUGAAACAAGAACACGGCCAUUUUAUUUUUUGUGAUUGGUUUGUUUUCGGAUACUAGCUCUGUGGAAGAAAAUUUUAAAUGCGCAAGUGCGUGUGUGUAAAAAAAAAAAAAAGAAGGAAAAACAAAACAAAACAAAACCUGACACCAACAAAAAGCUUUUUCUUUUUUUCUUUCCUCAAUGUAUUUAACUUCUGUUAUCUUGUUUCUGUUUCUUUACAUGUAUGAAUGCUCUGCUCUU